CUUCAAAGAUGGCGGGCGCCUCCGACCCUCUGGAAGAUAUGCUGUUCUCUGAGGUGGAUGAGAAGGCGGUGAGCGACCUGGUGGGCUCGCUGGAGUCGCAGCUUGUCGGCCGGAGCGGAAACAAGGCUGGCGGCGCUAAGCAGCACUUAGGAAAAGCGUUAGCUUCUCGGGCUAAUACUACAUCCGAGCAGCAGCAACAACAUCAUCAUCAUCAACAACAACAACAACAACAUAAAGCCGGGAAGGAGCGCGGCUCAGAGAGCACUCCAGCGGGCAGAGCGGCUUCUCCGGAGAGCUGCGUGAAGGCGAGUAUGAGCGGUUCGCUUUCACACUCAUCCACAUCUUCGGCUAAGCAGGAUGGAGCAGCUUCUCCUGCGGCUAGUGUUAGCGCUGCCGGCCGCAGAGCAGCAGCAGCAGCAGCAGCCUCGGGCUCCAUGGAGACGGCGCGGCAUUACGGUACGCGGAAGAAGCGCGGUGGCGCGCGAGGCAGCGCUGCGUCGCGGAGUGUGAACGGCGCUGCGACCUCCUCCUCCUCCUCCUCUUCCGUCAGCACCAACUCGCCGUCCAGCACCGGGGCCGCCGCGGUUUCCAUAGCGACAGCACGCGCCAACUCCACCACGUACACCGUGUCCAGCGCGAGCAAGUCGGUCGCGCUGGAUAAAGGGACGCCCACGAUCGCGCUGCACCGACUCCCGAGUCACAUCGUGGCCAGCAUCGCUCAGGGCAGGAACGGCACGAGCGUGUCGGCGCUCAUCCAUCAAGGGCGCGUGAACCACGGCAAGAACUUCCAGAGCGGCGAGGACAAGAGCAAAGCAGAUGUUCAGCCAGCCAGUGUGAACUCUGUCCCGAGCGCUGUGUGCAUCGCGGUGACUCAGUCCAAACCUCAACCUCAGCCCACAUCCCAACCUCAAUCCAAACCUCAAACUCCAGCCCAAACCCAGUUGCAGCAUCAGUCCGCACCUCAACCUCAAACACAAUCCCAACCUCAACCUCGACCUGCAGCUCCACCGCAGAGGAUCACGGCUCCGCAGCUGAUCGUCAGGCCGCCGCAACAGCAGGCGACGAUCCAGCUUCCUCCAGGAUUUACUAUCCCUCCAGGCAUGGUGUUGGUGCGGACGGAGCUGGGUCAGUUGAUGAUGGUUCCACAGCAAGCACUGGCUCAAGCGCAGGCUCAGAGUGCCCUCUCACCCCGACCCGCUGCUCCCACCACGACAGCUACCUUCAGAGUCACCACCCCACAGUCUCCCGUCUCGAUCCAGACCUCUCGGGCCGCUCCUGCUGUCCAGAAUAAAGUGGUUCAGUCCCAAACCCUGAGUCCUGCUCCUCAGACCUGCACUACUUCUACAACUACUACUACUACUACUGCUACUACUACUUCUACUACUACGGCUACUCCUGCCCUUACCAGGGUGCCUUUGGCAGUAACAACACCCCAGCAGCACCCUGCAGCUCUGGCCCCCCAGGGGCCCACCCUGGCUCCACCCACCGCAGCUGGCCCUGCCCCUGGAGCAACUGUCAUCUCCCAGGAAAUGCAAGAGAAUGUGAAAAAGUGUAAGAACUUCCUGGCAACAUUGAUCAAACUCGCAUCCCAUAAUUCCCCGUCGCCGGAGACGUCACGGAACGUGAAAGGAUUGGUGCAGGACCUUCUGGAUGCCAAAAUCGAACCAGAAGAAUUCACCAGCCGGCUGCAGACGGAACUGAAGUCAUCCCCGCAGCCUUACCUGGUGCCUUUUCUCAAGAAAAGCCUACCAGCAUUGCGUUUGUCCCUGUUGAACAGUCAGCAGUCGCUCACUCAGCCCCUGCAGUCUAAGACCACCAUAUCUCCAGCAGGAGCCGUCACCGGGGCUGUUACCACGGGCAACGCCCCCCGGCAACCUAACAGCACCAUUACACCGUCACAGAAUAUUAAGAGGACAGGGAUAAUAGGAGGGCAGGUCCGGAUGCCUGUGGUCAUCACGCAGACGGUGCGGGCGGCAGGUGCUGUAGGGAAGAGUCCGGUGGUGCAGGCAGGGAAAAGCCCCUUGGCGGUCAGCGUGCAGCUCUCAGGAGCUCAGAAGAACAAAGUGAACGAUCCUGGGGGAGGCUCCUUUAGAGACGAUGAUGACAUCAAUGACGUUGCGUCUAUGGCCGGAGUGAACUUGAGUGAAGAAAGCGCUCGUAUCUUAGCAACCAACUCAGAGCUGGUGGGCACACAGAUCCGCUCAUGUAAAGAUGAGGCCUUCCUGCCCACGGGCCUACUGCAUCGGCGCAUACUGGAGACGGCUAAGAAGUUCGGGGUGACGGAGGUUCCUCUGGAGGCGGUAAACUUCAUCGCUCACGCCACACAGACACGGCUGAGGACGGUGCUGGAGAAAGUAUCCUUCAUCGCCCAGCACAGGCUGGACUCCAGUAAGGAUGAGGAGUGGCACGAGCAGUCGUCAGACGUCCGCUCUCAGCUCAAAUUCUUCGAGCAUUUAGAGCGGCUGGAGAAACAGAGGAAAGACGAGCAGGAGAGAGAGAUUCUCCUCAAAGCAGCCAAAAGUCGCUCGAGGCAGGAGGACCCAGAGCAGGCUCGUUUGAAGCAGAAGGCAAAAGAGAUGCAGCAGCAGGAACUGGCCCAGAUAAGGCAGAGGGACGCGAACCUCACAGCUCUCGCUGCGAUCGGCCCACGGAAAAAACGCAAAGUGGACUCGCCUGGAGCGACAUCGGGGGCUGAGGUGUCGGGGAGCUCCGUGGGUUCUCCAGCCUCAUCGUUGUCAUCGUCGCGCCAGUUCCAUCGGCAGCGAAUCACGCGCGUGAACCUCAGGGACUUCAUUUUCUACCUGGAACAGGAGCGAGAGACGAGCCGAUCGCUCCUGCUGUACCGUGCUCUGCUGAAGUAGCGAACGUCCAGCGUGCAAACACGAACUCAACUCAAGCAACAUGGAAUCGGUAGCCAACACGCAGCGACCUCCAGCUUCCUCCUGCAACGUGCCUUCAGCCAGGUUUCAGCUCUCCUGCUCUCUGUGUCCGUCUUCACAUCGGCAUUGGUUCGUUUAUUUAUUUCAGAUGUGAAAUGGAAACGUGAAAACGUUUUCACUUUUUCUUUUCAGAUUUUCCACGUCGUUAUAAGUAAGAGUACAGUAUUUGAAUCGAAAGGCUGUCGAUUAAGAACGAACUCUUUUUGUUUGUUUGUUUGUUUGUUUGUUUUAAAUCCGAGCCUGAUCUCGUCGACGUGUUUGAGAACAGCGGCGUGUUGGAGGUCUAGCCUUCACAGGGAACGAUCUUCAAGACUAAACACCUUGAAGUGAUUUGUAAAGACUGAGUUUUUGUGCAAAAUUUAUGCAGCAUUAAUUCUCCACACUAAAUUCAUAACAUUCAGCCACUUCAGAAUAACAAAAUCCCAACACAGCAUUUAUUUAUUUACGUAUUAACCCCUUCAGACCCAGAACGUCUUCUCGGCACAGAAUUUACACAACUGCCGAAAAGGAUUGUUCUUAAGCGUAAAUAUUAUUGUGAUGUGCAGGGAACCGUCACGGCGACAGUAUUUCCAUAAUGUCGGCAUUCACACUUUUUCAUCCUGUACUUCAUUACAGAUUCGAUGUAAACCGUAACACCGCGGAGCCGACGGCAGAACGAAGCCCUGUAAAUGUUGCCAUGGUGAUAGCGUCGCAUCACAUACACUACCGUUCAAAAGUUUGGGGUCACCCAGACAAUUUUGUGUUUUCCAUGAAAAGUCACACUUUUAUUUCCCACCAUAAGUUGUAAAAUGAAUAGAAAAUAUAGUCGAGACAUUUUUCUGGCCAUUUUGAGCAUUUAAUCGACCCCACAAAUGUGAUGCUCCAGAAACUCAAUCUGCUCAAAGGAAGGUCAGUUUUAUAGCUUCUCUAAAGAGCUCAACUGUUUUCAGCUGUGCUAACAUGAUUGUACAAGGGUUUUCUAAUCAUCCAUUAGCCUUCUGAGGCAAUGAGCAAACACAUUGUACCAUUAGAACACUGGAGUGAGAGUUGCUGGAAAUGGGCCUCUAUACACCUAUGGAGAUAUUGCACCAAAAACCAGACAUUUGCAGCUAGAAUAGUCAUUUACCACAUUAGCAAUGUAUAGAGUGGAUUUCUGAUUAGUUUAAAGUGAUCUUCAUUGAAAAGAACAGUGCUUUUCUUUCAAAAAUAAGGACAUUUCAAAGUGACCCCAAACUUUUGAACGGUAGUGUAGCUCUUAGUGAUGACUGCGUUAUGACAAAGCGACAAAUCGGGACCACGAGUCAACGUAAAUCAGUUUUUUGUUUUUUUUUUUACUGUAGCUUAUUAUUUGUCACAUAUUAAUUAACUACAAACAAGUGAUUAACUGCACAGGAAACCGUCGCCGUGUCCGAAAUCACUCGCUGCUCGCUGGACUAUACGUAUAGUGAGUUCGCCAUUUUGUAGUGCUGUCUGAAUGUAUAGUGAGAAUUAUUACACCCUAUAUAGUGGCCUCAUAGUAUCCCACAGUGCACCGUGAAAAGUGGUGCACUCUUCUACUUUUGGGCACUAACCAAGCAAUAUAUCUCAUCAUGCAUCGCGGUCGUGCUGAAAGAAAAACAAAAGUACUUUGGGGUGAAUGGAUGGAAGACACGGCGCUUUUUCGUCUAUAUAAACGAACGUUCGAGGUGAAUUAAAAAAAAGCACGUUCUAAAUAAAAUACGAGAAUAAAAGUUAGAGCGCAGAGCGACGAAUUAAUCAAAAGC